AUGGCCAACCCACUCCGCGCAGCGCUGCCUUCGCUCAGAGCGGCCGCAAAGGCCACGAGGGCCUCGGCCCUGGCCGCCCCCGCGCGCAACUAUGCCAUCUCGUCGACUGCAAUCACCCCCGACGCCGUCUCGGCCAAAGAGUUCCGCAUGACCGACUUUGCAAAGUUCAACUGGGAGGACCCGCUCAACCUCUCGUCGCAGCUCUCGGAAGAGGAGCUCGCCAUCAGCCAGACAGCCCACGACUUUUGCCAGGAGACGCUGCAGCCAAAGGUCACCGAGAUGUACCGCACAGAGAGCUGGGACCCUACCAUCCUCCCCUCGCUCGGCUCCCUCGGCCUGCUGGGCUCGACCAUCGAGGGCUACGGGUGCGCCGGCGUCAACUCGGUCUGCUACGGCCUCAUCGCGCGCGAGGUCGAGCGUGUGGACAGCGGCUACCGCUCCAUCAUGUCGGUCCAGUCGUCGCUCGUCAUGGGCCCCAUCAACCAGUUCGGCACAGAGGCGCAGAAGGAAAAGUACCUGCCGCGCCUCGCAAAGGGCGAGCUGGUCGGCUGCUUUGGCCUCACGGAGCCAAACCACGGCUCCGACCCCAGCGGCAUGGAGACCACCGCCACCGACACCGGCGACGGCCACGUCGUCCUCAACGGCAGCAAGACCUGGAUCAGCAACUCGCCCCACGCCGACGUCUUUGUCAUCUGGGCCAAGUGCAAGUGGGACAACAAGGUGCGCGGCUUUGUGCUCGAAAAGGGCACAAAGGGCCUCUCUGCGCCCGCCAUCAAGAACAAGCUGAUGCUGCGCGCCUCGGUGACGGGCUCCAUCUUCCUCGAGGACGUGCGCGUCAAGAUGGACGAUGCGCUGCUCCCGCACGCCCGGCCGGGGCUGGGCGCGCCGUUCGAGUGCCUCAACUCGGCGCGCUACGGCAUCGGCUGGGGCGCCAUGGGCGCGCUCGAGGCGUGCAUCGCCGAGGCGCGCCAGUACGCGCUGGACCGCAAGCAGUUUAAGCGGCCGCUGGCGUCGUUCCAGCUGAUCCAGCGCAAGUUGGCCGACGCGGCGUCCGAGGCCGCGCUGGGCCUGGGCGCAUCGCUGCAGCUGGGCCGCAUGAAGGACAGCGGCAACUGGAGCCCCGAGAUGGUGUCGCUCGUCAAGCGCAACAACUGCGGCAAGGCGCUCAACCACUCGCGCAUCCUCAUGGAAAUCUUUGGCGGAAACGCCGCCAGCGACGAGUACCACAUCGGCCGCCAUGCCCAGAACCUGCACGUCGUCAGCACCUACGAGGGCACCGCCGACGUCCAUGCCCUCAUCCUCGGCAAGGGCAUCACGGGCAUCCAGGCGUUUGCCUGA